CCAUGGACUGAUAUUAUUCUCGCUCAAGUCUUGUUUACCUGUAAAUAAAUAGACUCGAUCGACGCAAACAAAUCACGAGUUGAUAAUAUACAGUUAAAUAUGGCGAAAGAAUCCACAAAACCUUCAAACUCUCGAUGUUUUCGCUCUUUAUAAAGAAAUUGUAUAAUGAAAAAUUGAAGUCGGUCUUUGUACGUCAGAGUCCCAAUUAAUUCCACGAUGAACUUAAUUUAAAUGAGCCCCUCUUCUUUAUUUACUUGACUAUUCUGACCUCUGUUCUGUUAUCAUGAGUACUUCUCCUGAAUAUAUGACAAAAUCUGAUUACUUGCGAGCUGAACUGAAUAAAGAUCUAAUCGACUUAGAUGUAAUUCGCGAGAUUUCGUUUACGGGUGUUCCCGACGAGGCUGGCCUACGAGACGUGUCAUGGAAAGUAUUACUCAACUAUCUCCCCCUAGAGAGAGCCAAAUGGCCCAGUGUAUUGAAGGAAAAGCGCCAGCUGUAUAUUGACUACAUGAAUUUUUUUAUUGUGCGCCCAGGCAUGAAACAUCGGGAAAAUCAAGUAGCCUCCUCAGUUAUUAACAAUGACCCCUUGUGCAAGUCACCCGAACAGUGCAGUGUGAAUGAGAAUGAAGAAACAGACCACCCGUUGAGUGUAGCCAGCAACUCACAGUGGCAGCAAUACUUCCAGGACAACACAGACCUGCUCCAACAGAUAGACAAAGACUGCCGCAGACUCUUUCCAGACUAUUCGUUCUUCCAAAAACCCACACCCUACCCAGCCUCUAGUUUCUGCUGCACGAGUGCAAAUGGGGAGAUGGGGUUGCGGGGAUUAGAAGAGAGGCUGGAGAUGGGAAGUGGUGGGGGUACUGUGUCUUAUAUGACUUUGAGGAAGAGAGUCGAGUGGGGAGUGUUCCAGGAGAUCAAGGGAUCAGCAAAGAAUGGAAUCAGCACACAUGACUCCCCCGAGCGACUGGUGGAGAGCUACUCUCUGGGGGAGGAGGCAGAGGUGCACUGGGAGGUGGUGGAACGCAUUCUCUUCAUAUACGCCAAACUAAAUAAAGCCACCGGAUAUGUACAGGGAAUGAAUGAGCUAUUGGGUCCGAUCUACCACGUGUUCGCCACUUCUAAGAGGAGAGAGUGGGCUGCGUGGGCGGAGGCAGACGCUUUCUUCUGUUUCGUCAGUCUCAUGUCCGAGAACAGAGACGUCUACACCAAGAGUCUAGAUAACUCUGCCGACGGUAUAGAGGGAAAGUUCAAACAGCUCAACCAGGUUCUAAAGACGUUAGAUUGGGACUUGUACAUAUCCCUACAUAGACAGCAGAUCCACCCGCAGUUCUACGCCUUCCGCUGGCUCAGUCUCCUCUUCGCCCAGGAGUUCCACCUACCAGACAUAGAGAGACUGUGGGACACUCUGUUCGCAGACCCAGACAGGUUCUUCUACUCCAUAGUUGUCGCAGUGGCCAUGCUGCAUACAGAGAGAAACACCAUUCUACAGGGCAACUUCAACCACACCAUGCACACACUGCAACACUACCAGCACUCUUUAGAUGGUACACUGCGACAGGCUUAUAUUCUUCACCAGAAGUACAUCUCAAUCACAAACAAACAACACCCCCAACAACACCACCAAAACCACAACUCCACAAGCAACUCAGCAGACAAAGAUACCAGUUGGUCAUACAGUGGCGAGAAGGAGUGCAAAGAGUCCAAACUGUCGCUAGGAUACUGGCAGAAUAAAAUGCAUUCGGCCAAGGCGUCAGUUUCGGCUAGUUUAUCGUCCCAGUCCCCCUCAAAGAGUGCGCCGGAAACGCAACAACAAAGACCGUCUUUCGAACGAACACAUAUCAACGCCAACCCUGAUUCAAAUACAACCACGUGACCAAAAAGAGUGUUGAAUUGGUGCUCAGUAGAGUAAAAAAACUCUUUCCAGUAUUCUAUUAGUUUUUAUGUACAGUUUUGGCUUGAUGCGAUGUGAGUAGAAUAAUAAAUUAAGGUAUAUUUUUGCCCCGGCUCGGAAACAAAUAAUUUAAUU